UCCAUCCCUUUUUGUCUCCUGCACACAAACACCCAGAGAGAGAGAGAGAGAGAGAGAGAGAGAGAGAGAAGUUCAGUCCUGAUCACUGGGACCCUCAGGACCACACCAAUUUAAAUCUGCCUUUCACUUACUUAAAUUAAGACUGUAAUGUGUUUGAAAAUGGGACAAUUAAAAUAAAUGUGCCGGUUUUUAUCCCCACAAUACAUAGCCUUUUUUUGUAGCCACAGUUGUUAGUCUAUUUUAUAAAAACACAUUGCACUGGAAGGAUUUCAUUUGCCCUGGAUGUUAUGGAUUUGCUAUUUCUUCAGACUGGACAUUUAUUGUGUGUGGAAACGACAUCGACGACAUAGUUGUGCAUUUGUCACACUGAGAACAAUUAAUUUCGGAAGUUUUUCGUUUCAGUGACGUUUCAGUAUAGCGUCCCUCCGCGCGACUGUGGACGAUGAAUCAAGUUCUCGGAGGAUUUUAAAUCAAGAAUGAAGCUGACUGAUAGGCGUCGGGAUUUGAAGGAGUCGUUCCUCUCUUAAAACAUCCCUCAGGGACUCUCUCCUCUCUCUGAAGACCUGUUUCCCAUCAUCCAUCAGCGAGCACAAAGACCGGGAGCACAUUCUCCUGAAGCCCUAAACAACAGAUUUCACCAGAGGAUGCAACCCGUUUUAACGGUCAACGGUCUCAGUAAACGCAUCUAACGUUAAUCGCAAACAAAUUCACACGAGCGCGAGAGACGUGGAAGCACCCACAUUAGGCUGCUGCAAAUUAAGACGCCUGAGAACGGUUUAGAGCUGUCAUGGCAGCCAUAGCAACUGUCCCCAACUACACCCCAUCGCUAUGGGUCCGGUUAUGCCAUGCCAUCCCUCGCCUGGACUUGACCCUGCAGACCCGAAACAGCGUGUUCACUCCAGACAGCUGGGAGUACCAGCAGACUCUCCUGGUCCUCUCCAGCUUCUCCGCCAUUGCCCUCGUCCUCUCGUUACUUGUCAUUCUCUCCUUCCUCAUCUACUACUGCUGCUGCCGUCGUGGUGAGGGGGGCCGGGAUGCAGAGGAAGAAGAGGAAGAUGAUGAUGCCAGCGGUGGCCAAGGAUACAGCGGCAGAAAGGGGCGGGGCAUCUGCUGUGUCACCUGGGUAUCAGUCGCAGCCGUCACCUUGUGUUGUGUUGCCAUUGGCAUCGGCUUCUACGGCAACAGUGAGGCGAACGAUGGGAUGUAUCAGUUGACCUCAUCCUUCCUCACUGCCAAUUACACACUGGCUUCCAUCAAUCUUCUGGUUUCAGACACCGUGGCCGGGCUGCAGCAGUCUGUCUCAGGGCCCUUGACCUCCAUGGAGGAAGUGUUUGGUGGACAUAAGCCGGCCCUCGUGCCAACACGCUCCUGCAGGCGUCUGUCAGAGCGGGUCGUGUCUCUUCUCUCCAACCUGACACUGGGAAGAGGUCUGAUCCCCAUCACGGAUGGAUUUUACAGGGCGAAUGGAAGUGAAAGCAUAGUGGGAGCACUCACCCCAGCACCUCCUUCUGUAGCCCCCACUCUCAGCCCGUCCGCCAACAACAUCCCUGCUCCUUUCUGCCCUGGCUGGGCUGCAAACACACUCAUGGUGAAUGAAGACUACAGGUGGCUGUCGUAUGUGCUGCUGCUUUUACUGGAUCUGGUAGUGUGCUUUUUUAUUCUUCUGGGUUUAGCCAAACAAGCCCGCUGGCUGCUUAUUCUGAUGACAGUGCUGGCCUGGUUGGCUCUGUUUCUGAGUUGGGGCUCUCUCGGCCUGGAGACAGCCACAGUGGUGGCCCUGAGUGAUUUUUGCUUUGACCCGAACACUUUUGUGCUUAACUCCACUCACUUCAACUCUAGGACAAGCACAGAAGUCCUGGAUUAUUACCUGACCUGUGACAGGAAAAUGAGCAGCCCUUUUCAACAGAUACUGACCCAGUCCCAGAGAGCGCUUUCCAGCAUCCACUCUCACCUCUCCAGUCUGGAGAGAGACGCCCUCCCACGCUUUCCAAAGGCGGAGAAGUCACUCAGGGAGGUGCAGCAGAUCCUCAAUGCCACUGAGGGCAACUUCCACCAACUGGUAGCACUUCUCAACUGUCGAGGGCUGAACAAGGAUUAUGUGGACUCUCUAAAAGGCUUGUGCUAUGAUGGGAUGGAGGGGUUGCUCUUUCUUUCCCUGUACUCGUUUCUCUCAGCUUUAGCGUUCACUGCUAUCCUUUGCUCCCUCCCUGGAGCCUGGAGGAGUUUCCACAGCGAUUCAGAGGAAUAUGAGGACUCCGACAGCGAAAGCGAGGACCCCUUCACUUCUCAUCAGGCACGUAGACAGACGGCCACGGGCUCCCAGCGAGGGGCCUUGCCCCACUUCUAUAGUUACCAGGGGGCCGGCUGGACUCCCCCCUUUUCUAGCGCACCUCCGUUACCGACUCCAAACGUUUCCUCCAAUGGCAGCCCUGGUUAUGAGAACCUGCCUUUGAGUGACAGGCAGUCCCCACCCCCCUCUUACAGUACUCUCCCAGCAUGCUGACUGGCUACGGCAGCAGUCAAUCACAUUCCAACCCGUCCCAUUCAAGACACCUGUACUCACACUAAUUAUUUUUCUGUAUAGUAGAAAAGAAAGAUGUAUAGCAAGGUUUAGUUUUCUUAUGGAUGGACACUUUAUGAGAUGAAAGACUAAUUUAAAACUCUAGAUGUUAAAUAUCUGUGUGUAACGUCAGUACCAUUGAGUCUUUUGGGUGUGACAGACGUACAAAUUGAAUGACAGAAAAAGCCAUGUGCUUCAUUUAGCCGUCCCAUCCUAUCACGUCCUCUUCUGCUAGUGUCAUGCUGUACAUAGCUGGUGGAAACAAGAUGGUAUUGACGUGACAAGUAGUCAUCUAUUUUUAAAUGUAUAACCACUUUAUUUUGAAGUUUUUAUAUUGUUAUAUGUAGUCACAGAUACAUAGUAGCGAUGGCACAAUUUCUUUGUACGAUUAUGCAGUUUUUUUUCUUUUUUAAUAUUUGACAGACCCCUAUUUUAUAAGUGGCAAUUCUGUAUUAACUUGCAUACCCUAUGAUACUAUAUGAUUAUUUAUUACUAUAAUAUAAAUAUAUGAAUAUAUUCAAUGCAUAAACAUUUGAUUGUUAAUGCAUUUUGAUGAUCAAAGAAAAAGAAAAAAGAAAUCUGUAAAACAUUGUUGAGGGCUAGUGUCCGUUUCCUCUGCUGGCUCUGAGCAAUGUGACUGCAUUUUGCCAAUUGCGAUGCAAUGGCCACAAUGCAAGCAGCAAUAAUCAUCAGGACGUCUUGAAAACACCAUCUGUGUCUGUAUGUGUCAGAGGCCUUCAUGACAUGUUCAGUAUAUACUGUACAUACAUAUAUACAUAUAUAUAUAUAUAUAUAUAUAUAUACUCACACACACACACACACACACAUACACACACACAUUUGAAAUUGCAUUGGUCUCCUUUCUUGGCUAUCAACCUGUCAAUCCUUAAAAAAAUAUGUUUCUAUGGUUUAAUGCUCCUUUUGAAUGGCAUCCUUUUUCACUACAGAGUCUAAUAUAAAUUAAAUAAAAAUACAAUAACAAAA